AAAAAAUCAUUUUUUGUUUUGUUAUUAUUUUUGUCGAAAUAACAGUAAAUUUAACUUAAGUUACGUAACGAAGAGGUGAAUGAAGAAGAGGUAAAGCGAUGUCCAGCGCAUAGUGUGGUCACUCUCUGGAUGUGCUGAAGAUAUGGGCCGAAAGAGACACAUAAGUGAUGAUGAAUUGGACGCCAAUCCACACAAUGAGGAAGCGGUGGGCAGUGAUGGCCAAUAUUGGGCGGAGGCUGUGGUUGACUGGUGUGUGGACGAGAAGGGAGUUAUGAUGUAUUUAGUGAAAUGGUAUGGCUAUGGAGACGACCAGAACUCAUGGGAAGUGCAGCAACACAUCAAUGAAUGCGAAGAACUCUUGAUUGAGUUCCACUUGAAUCACAUAUUUGAAGGAUUUGGUCCAAAACAAAUCAACGAAUGCGAAGAACUGUUGAUUGAGUUUCACUUGAAUCACGUGAACGGAAGACAACCGCCGAAGUGUUCGUUCGAUGAAUUCGACAAACUUUUGAGAUAUUUGAAGGAUUUGGUCCAAAACAUCGACUUCGCGGUCGUUAAGAGGUUUACGAAGAAACCGAUCGAUUGUUUCGAAAUCAGAAACAAUGAUGAAGUGAUGGAUCAGAUCAUUGAAGUGAUUAAAACUCAAAUCGAUAUACUGUCCGAAAGGAAACAGAAUCUCAAGAUUAGGACAAACUCUGAAAGGAUUAAAGUGCGAGAAGUGGUCUUAAGAGUGGCUAAAAGUUUGCAUUUAACCGCCAAUUUUGACUCAAUUUCCGGAUUUUUGGAUUUUGUCGAUAAGAGAAAGGAUUUAGUGAAAGAACUGGAGGUUUGGGAGAAAACACAGAAUGCGAUCAUUGAGAGGGAGAGUGAGGGCCGACCCAUACGAGUGGUGAACGAUGUGGACCUCGAGAUACCUAAUCUGAAGGCAUACAUAACUAACUGUAUUCUUGACGUGCAAUUCGGCCAAAAUAUACGCUUCGAAGACGAGGAGCCGUUAGUGGGCUGUGAAUGCGACGACUGUUAUGAGUGCAAAGACGAGUGCUGUACGGCUGUCGUGGGCUUCCCUAUGGUGUACAACAGGAAGGGUGUGCUCAACCAUCACUUCAAUACAGUUAUCUACGAGUGCAACGCGAAGUGCAAAUGCGGUGACAACUGUCCCAACAGACAGAUACAAAAGGGACGACAGUUUGAUUUGGAGAUAUUCCGAUCGGACAGUAAGUCUCGCGGUUGGGGCGUAAGGGCGGGUCAGGACAUACCGAAGGGUGCGUUCAUUACUCAUUACGUCGGAGAAGUGAUCUCAGUAUUAGAGGCCGAUAAGAGGCCGACGACAUACCUCUUCGACUUAAGCGCACACUUGGACUCGAGUGACGCCGAGUAUACAUACGUUGUGGACGCAUCUCAAUACGGAAAUAUCACGCGUUUUGUCAACCAUUCGUGUGAUCCCAACUGUCGUAUACUCUUCGCGUGGACUAAAGGGUUGGUAAAUCGAUUCCUGCCGACGGUCGCACUCUUCGCCACUAAACACAUCCCAUCGCAUGAAGAACUCACUUACGACUACUCCAUCGAUUCAGUGGAACACCACUCCAAAGGACUGCCCGAUUCUCCGAUUCUUAAACUAUAUGUCGGCCAAACAUCCGGUCCGUCAACCUCUCGACAAAGUAGGGGUCAGUCCGGCGGUCGUCUCAAAAGGAAUGCCGUUUUCCGUGAGGUUGACUGCGAGUGCGGAGCAUAUAAUUGCCAAAAGUUUAUGUAUUCGUGA